CAUCCAGCCAUUCACGACAUUCCAACGACGCCGCUCGAUCAAACAAGAACCAAAAUAAUUUACAAUAAUUUUUACCACAAUAAUUAUAAAUUUUUAAUCUCUACCCAAUUAUUCUUCUUUCUGCUAAAACAAAUGUUGAUUAUAUUUUUUCGAAUUAUUUGUUCAUCAUAAAAUAUUGUUAAAAAUUAAGUCUAGUGAAGCUUGAGUAAAUUAGGGGUUUGAGCAUUUAUUGCGUGAUCAUUAAUGUUUCACUAAACCCUAGAAAAAUUGCACAAAUUUCAAUUUACCUGUAAAUUCCUCACAGAUCCCAAUAAACAUAACCAAAUCCUCAAGGUACAAACGAACCAACCAGCUAUUUCAUCAUUAUUAGAAGAAGAAGAAGACAAAGCAGCCUAAACAAUUUUCUUCUACUACUUUUUUUCUGGGCAUCAAAUUGUUUUAAACGAGUUUUUUCCUCUCUCAGGUAAAACAUCAAACACUUUAUAAGCAAGAUUUUGUUUUGUUUAUGUGAUUAUUUUUUAUAAUUCUUGUUGGGUCUAUGUUGCUUUUGCGUGGAAUUUGUGACACCCAUGACUUUUUUAUAACGACUUUGAUGUAAUGGGUUUUGAAUUUAUCUGUUGGGUUUUUUGACUUUUCUUUGUUUUUUACUGUCUAAUUUUGACUGUUGUUUAGUGUGAACGCAGGAAAAAAUUGACCUUGAUUGUGCUUUUGGGGUACAAACAUAAUAUUUGGAAAAAGGGCUUAUUUUUGGAAGAUAAUGCUAUUUUUCCAUUUUUUGAGCUUUGGAAAAUUUUGGGUUUCUGGAAAUGAUUGCAAAGCUGUUGGCUUUGUUUGGUUACAGGGUGUCAAAAGGUGUAGAAUUUCUUGAAAUUGUGAAGUUGACUUGUCAAGAUUGCGGUUGACAUAAGGAGUUUCGGGUAUUAUUAGUUUGGGGCUAAUAGUUUCUGGAAUGUGUGAGAAGUUUUUUUAUUUUUUUUUCUACUUUUAUUAAUUGUUCUUCGAAGUUUCUUUUAGUUGACUAUAGGGAGGAAGAUCUUCUGGAAUGUUGAAUAUCUUGGCAAACUUGAAUCUUGUCAGAUAUAUAAGAUAAGAAUCUCCUUUCACAAUUGAGCAGGUAGUCUGGAGUGUGGGGGUUCUGGAAACAAGCAUGUGCUUGUAAAUUGAUGGAGAUCUGAAAUUGCGAGAUGUUUGUGUAAUCAGGUUUCUUUUUCACCUUUCUUUGAGUGGGUCUAUCCGAAACAGCCUCUCACGUUUGUGUAAGGCCUGCGUACACUCUACCCUCCCCAGACCCCACUUGUCUGGGUGGUUGUUGUUGUUGUUGUUGUUUGUGUAAUCAGGUGAGAGUUGCUACAAUUUGAUUUUAUUGCAAGGAGAUCGAGCUCCUAACGAGCCUUACUAGUUGUUUGUGUGUUCUGGAGUGUGAUAAUAAGAAGUUUUGUUCUCAGUAGAUGCUCUUUUUCAUCAUUUUAGUUUAGGGGUUGUGAUUUUCGUUUAAACCUAUCAUGGAUGAAGCUACGUGCAGCACGAAUGCACUGCCUCCUUUUCUUACAAAGACAUAUGAAAUGGUGGAAGACCCCUCCUGUGAUGCCAUUGUCUCCUGGAGUUCGAGUAAUAAAAGCUUCAUUGUGUGGAAUCCUCCGGAUUUUGCAAGGGAUUUGUUGCCUAGAUACUUUAAGCACAAUAACUUUUCGAGCUUUAUCAGACAGCUAAAUACUUAUGGAUUCAGGAAAAUUGACCCCGAAAAAUGGGAAUUUGCAAAUGAAGAUAAUUUUGUUAGAGGUCAGCCGCACCUUUUGAAGAAUAUCCAUAGACGUAAACCUGUUCACAGUCAUUCUGCACAGAAUCUUCAUGGCCUGUCGUCACCAUUAACUGAAUCAGAAAGACAAGGGUACAAAGAAGAUAUUCAAAAGCUGAAGCAUGAGAAUGAAUCACUUCACUUUGACCUACAAAGACAUAAGCAGGAUCACCAAGGACUUGAAUUGCAAAUGCAGGUUUUGACUGAACAUAUUCAACACGUGGAACAUCGUCACAAGACCAUGCUCUCUGCUUUAGCUCGAACCUUAGAUAAACCAGUACCGGAUUUGAGUCACAUGCCACAAGUUCAAGUGAAUGACAGAAAAAGAAGGUUGCCAGGAAACAGCUGCUUCUAUAAUGACAGUGACCUGGAAGAUACGCGAGGGAUUUCAUCUAGGGCUUUGGCUUUAGAGAAUAUGAACCCGUCCUCUCUUCUGACAAUGAACGCAGAACUAUUAGAUCAGUUGGAAUCUUCUUUGACAUUUUGGGAGGAUGUGCUACAAGAUGUUGAUCAAGCUGGGACACAACAGAAUUGUUCACUGGAGUUGGAUGAAUCUACAAGUUGUGCAGAUAGUCCUGCUAUAUCUUACACACAACUAAAUCUUGAUAUUGGGCCUAAGGCUUCUGGAAUUGACAUGAAUUCGGAGCCUAAUGCAAACAUUACUCUUGAGGUUGCGGGAUCAGAAGAUCAAGAAGCAGUAGCAGGGACAGCUACUCAUGUCCCAACAGGGGUUAAUGAUGUAUUUUGGGAGCAGUUCUUAACUGAGAAUCCUGGUUCAGUUGAUGCAUCUGAAGUACAAUCGGAAAGGAAAGACAUUGGUAGCAAAAAGAAUGAAAACAAACCAGUGGACAGUGGAAAAUAUUGGUGGAACGUGAAGAGUGUAAAUAGCCUGGCAGAACAGUUGGGACAUCUUACUCCAGCAGAGAAAACUUAAUUUGGUAGAGGUUGUAUUGAAAAGGCAUGAAGAAGAUGCAAGAGAGUUACAAAGAAAAUAGAUGAUAACUCCAGAAUUGCAAAAAAACAAAUGAGAUCUGGGAGUUAAAACCUAUAGCAAAAACUCAAAGCUGUUAAGCAAUUGAGAGGGAGCUAAUGAAAUCUACAAGGGAAAUCACAUCAUUUACAGGGGAAUAUUUGCUCCAACUAAACAGAAUAACAUAGAAUUGUUUCCUCUCGGACUCAGGUAUUCUUGGCUGGGAUGAAGUCAUUUCAUCCAUAAUUUGCUUACAAAUUUUUCAUGAAACCAAGUGAAAGCAAGAAUGUGGUUUCUUCUUUUUCAUUUUCGUGUGGUUUAUCCGUUUCCUUUUACACUCUUAGAGUCUUUUAUCCGCUGAUUGUUACAUCUUAAAAGCACCCCAUUUCUCUAUCAGGGAAGUUGUCAAAGGGGCAAAACUAGUUGCAUCCAACAUCUACCAACUUAAAAGCUUCUUUCUUGUCCGCAGAAGUUUCAAUAGUGACUAACUGUCGUUAUUAGAGUCGUAGACUAGAAGGUUAGGAGUGAAUAACAGAAAUCUUGAAGUCAGAUCUCUACGCUUAUAUCUAGUCUGGAUAGAUAGAUCUCUAAUGUAAUUAUUAGGUCUCUACACCCUGUCAUGCUUUAGCUUGUAAAAUUUGCAAUGUGUACCAGUUCCAUUUCUUCAACCUGAGAAUCCUCUGUUUCAGAUUAAUAUACCUGGUGUUCCACUUUGCAUUUAUUCAUGAAAUGCCUUAGUAAUAGGUUAGGCAAAUUUCCUCCCUGAAUGCAACAUUACAACUCUGACUUGUAGAUCAUUGCUGGGUCUUUGCUCUACACCUCUUUUCAAGAACCAAAGAGGGUGAUUUUGCUGCAAAUCUAUUCAAUAGCUCAAAUUAUCUCCUGGGAGGAAGAAACUGAUAAACUUCUUCACUGCAUUACUUUUUGAACUAGUAGAAGCCUCUGUAAAUAUGCAUUGCAUCUGGCGGAAAUAUUCUGUCAGAGUGAGCCUUAUCGACCACCGUGGCCAGCUACAGCUUCUCACUUGUAUGUGUUUGUUACGAUGUCUGCACAUUUGACAAGUUAGAAACUUUUUAGACCUAAACUAGCCUAUAAAAUAACGAGUUCCAAUCCUGGUCGGUGUGAUCGAAGAUAUUUGUAGAAUGGGCUUGUGUAUGUGAUUCGUAGGUGUAGUGGAACACUGGAGGAUAAAACAGCUGUCAAGAUUGCAAAUCGCGAUGCUAAGAAGUGCUUUGUGGCUAACGUGCUGCAUAAAACUUUAUGGGGAAAGGGUGCUAGUGGCUUAUCUAAAGUUGUGGAAAGGUAUAUAGAGGCUUGGAUUCAGCUUUUCCUGAUGAAGCUAAUAUGAGCUAUGACUCAGAGGCAAAGGCUUCAAUACGAGCUUCAUUUACCUCGGAUUGUUGUUAUGGUUGAUGUAAAUUGCUUAACCGUGAUUUCUAGGUCUAAGACAGAUAUGUAUGAUUGCCUCUUAGUCCUCUUAAUCUCGGUUUAGCUUGAGGAGAUACCAAAUCUGUUGGAUCUGCAUAGAGACUUUGCUCCAAUAACAGUGUGAUGAGUUAAAUGUAGAGUUGAGAAUGUAAUAGUGUUUUUAGAUGGUACAAUUUUUUUUUGACAAGUAGAUGGUAGUUUCUUUUCUUCUAAAUCUGAAAAUGUUUUAUGAUUUCUACUUGCUAAAUUUUAAUCAUGGAAAUGUGGGAGACUACCAUGCUCUGGACGAUCUUUAAAGCUGGACUUCCUUUCCUGAAAUGUGGCCAAGCCCCAAGGCAAAAGGAUACCUCUAUGUUAUGUUGGUGUGUAGCAGGCUAUAAUGCCAAACCCCUUUUUCUUUUCAUUUUAAGAAAUGUUAAAUCUGUUGCUGCUGCUCCUUUUCUUUGACCCUGGCAUCCUAAAGUGGUGGUUCUUUGUCUGAAGGCAUCGACGAGUAAUAGAGUAAAAGGGAUUUGCAGAGGUUUCUUUUUGCUAUGUAGCUGAAAGUCAUCUUUGUUUUUUUCCAACUAGAUUGCAUAGUUAACACUUCUGUCAAGAGGCCUCUUAAUUGUCCCCGAAAUUGCAGUGUUCUGUAAUAUUCAUUAGAAAUUCUACCUUUGAUGCUAUGGUAUUGUAAUCUGAAACUUAUUAGUGAGAUGUUGAUUUCUCACAAUCUUUUUUUAAAAGAAAAAAAAAAAACAAUGGUGAUUGAUUAUCUUUAUGUAUGUCAUUUUUUUGUCAGGUUCGUCCUCAUUUACUUGAAAUUUUAGUGCCUGAUCUAGAUGUGUGAUGUAUCGCUAGCUCUUGCUUCCUUAGCUAUGUAGAUUGUUCAUUUUUGUCUGGAACCCAUUGCAAAAUCCACCUUGAUCAAUGAGAAGGUCUCUCAAUAGGUUUAUGCAUUAGUUAGCUGCACCAAGUUUCUUAUGCUCUAAAAUUGAAAGUACCUGGGAUUCCUGUGGUGCUAAAGGCAGCCUCGUAUAUUUAUCAGUUAACUUGUUACUUUUUUCAUAGUGGAACACUUUUGUGCACCAAAUAGCAUAGGUUAUAAGACCAAGUAGCGGGGGCUGCUAUUUUCAAAUGUGGGGCUCCUUCUAGAGACUGGUCUUUGUUUAAGAUCACUGUCUUUUCUUCCUGUUAGAAGCUACAUCUCUGAAGUUGUGCAAUUCAAUCUUGGUCAAAAUUUUAUCAGGCCAGAAAGCAAAUUUAGAAAAUUCAGAGAUUGUUGGGAUUUUGGAAAAGCAGGAUUCAAUCACGAAUCCUUGUAAUUUCAUCGUCGUCACCCCAACCAAACACCCAUCACCAAAAAAAAUAUUAAAAAAAUAAAAA